CAAUUGUUGAAGCGUAAUGGAGCAUUCUUUGCAAAGUAUUCGUUUGCGAUUUUCUACUGAGAAAAUGAAAAGAAAAAGUUACGAUAGAAGUGAUGGCGCUGAACCCAACGGUCAGCAAAAUCAAAAUAAAUGGAUUAAUAAUGAUUUCUAUGAUUUGCCCGCCAAUGAGUGUUUCUCCGCUUACAAAGGAGAUUCAUCAUUCGAGGUGAACAAAUCUAAGAGAGAUUUAAAGAUAGGAGGAUUUAAACAGUUUUUCAAAAGUUUAUUUUGUAAAUUGUUGCGCUGUUGUUGCGUAAAAGGAGAAACUUUCGAUUCACCGAAGUGCGAAUCGGAGGAUUUUCAAUCUGAACUUGAGCGUAUGAACAAUACAAAAGACAAGUACGAAUUCCAAGAAAUUGGUGAAGGAUCUUUUGGCACAGUGUAUGUGGGUCGGUGUAAAAGUUCCGACAAA